AUGGAGAGCGUUGACGGACAUGCCACACCACCAGCGGCACCACCCGUAAAUCCGCUCCUCUCCUCGCACCACAAAAUUUCCCUCGGCGACCGCAAAAUCCACAUCCCCUGGGCAUCCGGCAAAACCUCCACCUUCCACCACAUCUGGCUCCGCGACCACUGUCGAUGUCCAGAAUGCUUCAAAUCCACCACAAAACAGCGAUUAGUCGAUACGUACUCUAUACCCACCGAUAUCAAGCCUGAGAAAGCGGAGGGUGAAAAGGAUGGGUUGGAAAUUGAAUGGAAGGAUGGGCAUAAGAGUUCGUAUACGUGGGGGUGGUUGGUGAGACACUCGUAUGCGCCGCAGAUUGAGACGCCGUUUCAUUCUCCGAAACAUCUUUGGGGAUCGGAGAUCAAGGAGAAGCCGCCUGUUGUUCAGUACGAAGAUGUCAUGAAAGGUGAUGAGGGUGUUGCGAAAUGGACCCACGAGAUUGAUUUAUACGGUUUCUGUUAUGUGGAAGGUGUCCCAACUACGCCGGAAGAUACGCAGAAGUUGGUCGAGCGGAUUGCGUUUAUUAGACAAACCCAUUGGGGCGGAUUCUACGAUUUCACAUCUAAUCUGGCCCAUCACGACAUGGCUUACACUAACCUCCCCCUUCCAGCACAUACAGAUAACACAUAUUUCACGGACCCCGCCGGUCUGCAGCUUUUCCAUCUCUUGUCGUCCGAUGGAGAUGGUGGCAGCUCACUUCUCGUGGACGGCUUCAAGGCAGCGCGACAAUUGAGGGACGAGCACCCGGAAGCAUACAAGUUCUUGAGCAGCGUCCGAAUUCCGGCGCACAGUGCAGGUGAUGACGGAAUAUGUAUCAGACCGUCUGUACCCAGUCUUGGGUUCCCCGUCUUCAACCACGACUCGCUGGCCGGCGAUCUCUUCCAAGUCCGCUGGAACAAUGAAGACCGCUCGACAAUGUCCCAAUGGUCCGACGUGGAUGACGUCGAAGCCUUCUACGACGCCAUCCGACACUGGAACGCCGUGAUAACGAACCCCGAGAACGAGUAUUGGGCACCAUACGAACCUGGAAAGGCUGUGAUUUUUGAUAAUUGGAGAGUGUUGCAUGGGAGGUCGGCGUUUACGGGAAAUAAUCGGAGGCUGUGUGGGGCGUAUAUUGGGAUGGAUGACUUUAGAAGUCGGUUGAGGAUGACCAAUAUGAAGGAUGUGAAGGAGUGGUUGCGGGCCCUGUAA